UUGAGUUCAUGUGUUUCAGACUGACGCGGAGCAGAAGUCGCGUGGUUUCAUUACUCGCAGCAGGACUUCCCCGUGUGGCGGGGAACCUCGUGCUCCGGCAUUUGUCGCGCGCCGUUUUCGAAACUUUAGCUCAACUUUUCAGUGCAAAGUGAAUUAAAAUCACUGUGGAAAUCAACGCCAGUUUGAGAUAUAGUCUCACAUUUGUGUGUGUGUGUGUGUGUGUGUAAGAGGAAAAAAGAAUAUCUCCAUCCAUCCUUCCAAAGUUCAGUUUUGCUUCCAUCUGCAACCAUGACGCGAAGAUCCUGCGCAAUUUACGCAGUUGGAGCGAUCUGCGCCCUCCUGCUGGUCAGCGGGAUCGCCCUGAUGGUGGCUCAAGUCUUCCGCAAUUUGAUGCAGAGCCGCCUCAAAAAGGAGAUUGUUUUAGUGGAGGGCAGCCGUGUUUUUGAGUCAUGGAAGACCCCUCCCCCGCCCGUCUUUAUGGAGUUUUUCUUCUUUAAUGUGACCAAUGUGGAGGAGUUCCUUAAAGGGGCCAAACCGAAGGUCGAUCAGAUUGGACCCUACACAUACAGAGAGUACAGGUAUAAGGACAAUGUCACCAUGGUGGACAACGGUAAAAAGGUGUCGGCAUACAACACCAAAAGCUUUGUGUUUCUGAUGGAAAAGUCUAUUGGUGACCCAGCUGUAGACACCAUAACCACUGUCAACAUUCCUCUUUGGGCUGUAAUGAACAAGGCGCAAGGUUUUAAGGCCUUUUUUAUGAGCAUGAUGAUAAGAAACUCUAAGAGCAAUCUCUUUACCACUCGGACUGUACACGAAUUACUUUGGGGUUAUGAGGACCCUUUGUUGGAGCGCAUUUCCAAAUCAAGCUCUGAUGUGGGGAAGGACUUCGGCCUUAUGUAUAAGAAAAAUGAAAGCAAUGAUGGGGAAUUCGUCUUCCACACUGGAGAGCAGAACUACUUAGAUUAUGGACGCAUCGAAACUUGGAAGGGGCAAAGGCAGCUGACUUUCUGGUCGACUAACGAGAGUAACAGCAUCUCUGGAUCAGAUGGAAGUGCUUUCCAUCCUUUUCUGAGCAAGGAUGAACGUCUGUAUAUCUUCACUCCAGACCUGUGCAGGACUAUCUACAUGGAAUUUGAGAAGGACGUUGAGGUGAAAGGAAUCCCUGCCUACCGCUUUACACCUCCCCGCUCCGUUUUGGCCAGCAAAGAGGAGAACCCAGCCAACACAGGUUUCUGCGUCACCCCUAAGGAAUGCCUGGGUUCUGGGGUUCUUAAAGUCAGCCCCUGUCGGAACGGUGCCCCUGUAGUCGCCUCCUUUCCUCAUUUUUACCUGGGAGACAAUAAAUAUGUUGAAGCCAUUGGAGGAUUGUCCCCGCAAAGGAGACAUCAUCAAACCUUCUUAGACCUCAACCCGACAACUGGAAUAAUUGUGCGUGCAAGCAAAAGAGCACAGGUUAAUAUCCUGUUAAACAGAAUCGCUGGAUACCCAGACACAAAAUUCUUAAAUGAAACUAUCUUCCCUGUUAUGUUCCUCAAUGAGAGCGUGGUGAUCGAUGAUGCAUCUGCAGAACGGGUGCACAAGCUGCUGACAAUUGUCAAAGUGGUGUCCAACUUCCCACUUGCUAUCGUGGGGCUGGGUGGGAUCCUGCUGCUAGUCUUUGUUAUCCUUCUGAUCAUGGCCCAUCAACAGAAGAAGGAAGUUAAGCGCAUUGUGUUUACCAAGGCUGCCUAUACUACCUCAGCAGAAGAAGACACCUCUUAUACGCCGGUCAAGGAGAAGGACGAAGGCCAGAAUGGAACCUACAUCGGCAUGACUGCUAAGACGGAGCAAUAAGCCUGAGGAUCGGGGCACAUUUUAACCAUGUUAAAUUUCCUGGUUAAACACAUGCCAUGUAUAUGUUACCUAUGUGUCUCCAAUCUUUUCAUAACUGCUCUGUUUAUUUUCAUUUUCUGAGAUCAGUGCUUUCGGCUUCUAGAAUAUACCCAGCCUGAACACCGGGAGUCAUUUAGGGAAAAAGCACAUUGGCGUCUAUAAAUAUAGUACUUGUAUCAGAGUCAUCCUCUCAGGGCGUCUAAGAUGCUGUCAAAUUAUUUUUAAAGUAUUCUCUUUAAGAAAUUUCAAUCAGUUCAGUAUUAUGGAGUCUAUUCUCCAUUUCACCCCUAACUCAGUGUUGGAAAUCGUGUAUCGUUGUACGCGUCGGCAGUCAUGAUGUGAAAUAUUUGGAUUUUUAUGUAUAGACUGUGGGAAAUGGACGUUUUGUUGUCCAUGAUGUUUGAUCGAGCUCAAACUAAACACUUUGUAUUUGCAGAGCUUCUUUUUUUUUGUAAAGUCAGACAUUUGUUUCAGUUUUUUUUUUUUUUAUUGUAAAUGUUAGUGUAGAAAUCUUUAUGUGUAGAAUAGAUUCAGAUCUGUAAGUUUUAGGUCAGGAUUUUUGCAGCAAAGUUUGACUUUAAAGUUACAGCUAAUAUCCUACCUGUAGUGGAUAAGUCUCCUAUUGUCUUCUUUUAGUGUAAGAGCAGACUAGUUAAUGAUUAGCUAAUUGAUUAAUUCAUGAUUAAUUAGACAGCAAGUGGUCUGUGAUGUUUCUUUGUGCAACAGGUAUUGAAAACAGAAAAUAUUGGCCAACAUAACUGGGUAAUAGAAAAUUCAGGUAAUUUAGAAAUAAAUCUUUUUUUUUUUUUUUCUCCGAUCCCUAAUAAUUUUUUACUUCUGGGUGAGACAAUAAUUACUCUACAGCUUCACCUUAUCAUGAUAUGCUUUGCGCAUAAGAGAUAAUUUUCUUCUUUGAUGCCUCCGACCUCUAUUUCCUGUUUAAAUUACCAUUAGCUUAUUGUUAUUCCUCUGCUUACCGUGGUGUCAAGGACAGGAUUGGGCAUGUGCAUCUUUUGUUUGCCUUUUAAACUCAAACACAGUCAUAUUAUAUAACGCCCUUAUAGCGGUAGUUCAUGAUGCCUUUUAAAAAUUGGCAUCACAUUUGUUUUAUAGUUCUGCUUCUAUAUAAUCUUCAAAAUGAAAGUCAUAUGUUUCCAGAAUUGUUUUUUUAUUUUUUUUUAGGCAGUAGAAAUGUUUUGGUCUUGGACCCUGCACAGAACUUACAAUAAAUGAAGACAGAGAGUACUCUACUGCAGAAUCAAAUAUUUUCUUAAAACACCUUGAGCCAUUAAUAUGAAAAGAUUUCUACACGUUCUACAACUACUAACUAACUAACACAUAUUUUAUUCAGAAAAAGGGUUUAAACUGCUGUAGCUGUGUGUAAAAUAUCAGGUUUGCUGUGCCUUCUGUUGUAUUUGAGGUUUAUAAAUGGAGUGUUUUUUCCGUAUGACUUUUAUCAUCCUCCAGCUACCAAA